GGGCUGCUGAAUGGCAAAAUAAUAAUUAAUUAUAGCUGAGCUAAAACAUGGAGCCUUUGCUUGUGAUUUCUGCACUCUUACUGGUCGGAUUGUUCAUCUUCAAUGUUCCAGGUCGUCUGUUUCGAUACUAUGUUCAUUGGAAGGCAGUUAGAAACAUCCCAGGACUUCCAGCACAUUGGCUGUUUGGAAACUUACUUGACGUACGAAAGAUGUUGGAAUCUGAAGAGGAAUAUCACAAAGUUAUGAAAUAUGCCGUGAAAGAAAAGCGCUGGAAAAUGGUUAGAACAUGGAUCGGUCCAUUCCAACCGUCCAUCGACAUUUAUCAUUGCAGUCUUGCAGGGAAGGUGCUCAAGCAACCUAAGAACGCUGCCGAGUAUCGUUUGUUCAAACCUUGGCUUGGCGAUGGACUUCUUAUAUCCAAAGGAUCAAAAUGGGCCAGAAAUCGUCGUUUGCUAACUCCAGCUUUUCACUACGAAAUCCUCAAGCCUUAUGUGCCUGUGUACAACAAUUGUGUUAAGGAAUUACUUGACAAGUGGACAGCAUUGAUGGAUAAAAAUAAACAAAUUGAACUUUUUAAUAGCAUUAGUUUGCUCUCACUGGAUAUCAUCCUUCAGUGCUCUUUCAGUUUCUCCAGCAAUUGUCAAGACACUACACAAAGCCAUCCAUAUAUUGAGGCGGUUCAAGAGCUAGUAGAACUGACCACAGAGAGAUUCGUUACUUUGGUUGGCAGAAUUGACUGGCUAUUCAACUUGACACCCACUGGACGCAAGUACAACAAACUUUGUCAGUUUGUGCACAGUCACUCGAGAAUGGUUGUACAAAAGAGAAAGGAAGAGUUGGAAGUGGGCAAAACUGGCUUCUCAGAGAGUGAGCUGCGGACUAGAAAGAAGGGGAAGUACCUGGAUUUCCUGGACGUUCUGCUCAUAGCUAGAGACGAGGAUGGCAAUGGCCUCACCGAUCAAGAGAUUCAAGAUGAAGUGGACACAUUCAUGUUUGAGGGCCAUGACACGACGACCAGUGGGAUGUGCUGGACCCUGUACUGUCUAGCAAAGCAUCCUGAGGCCCAGGAGAAAGUACGUGAGGAGGUGAGGAGUGUGCUUCAGGGACGAGACACCCUUGACUAUGAUGAUCUUAAAGAGCUCAAGUACACUCAGUGGGCCAUCAAGGAGGCCAUGAGACUCUACCCUCCUGUCUUCUUUAUAUUCAGAAAAGCAACGGAGGAAAUGAUACUGGACGGCCAUAUCAUUCCCAAGGGGAUGAACUUUGGCAUUGGUAUACGACAGAUCCAUCGCCACCCGGAAACUUGGGAGAAUCCUGAUGAAUAUGACCCUCUUCGUUUCCAUCCCAGCAACUGCGAGGGUCGUGACCCCUAUGCCUACAUUCCAUUUUCUGGUGGUCAGCGAAACUGCAUUGGACAGAACUUUGCUCUGAAUGAAGAGAGGAUUGUGAUUGCCUCCAUUCUAAACAGAUUCAAGUUAUCGCUAGUACAAGGACACAAAGUUGAGACAGCCCCUAAAGUUGUGUUACGAAGCAAGAAUGGUAUCAAGAUCAAUCUAGAACCACUUUAGUUUUAUUACAUUUAAUUAUAAUUAUAGCUGUUGUGAUUUGAACUGUAUGUACGUACACCAAUGAUAUAAUUAUACGAAUCAUAA